AUGGCCGGGUGCGUUUCAUUUUAGACAUUUCCCAUAGAAAUUUCAUUUAUGAUUUCGCGUUCGCUUCGAAUCAAAUUGAAGAUGGCGUGUGCUUUUUCUCGAACAGAAAUCCGUCACACGCUAUUUUUCUUUUGAGUCAUAUACAUAGUUGGGCUGGAUCCAAUCUGGGCAACUGCCUAACUAUUAAAAACGUCCUAUUCCAGUAAUUUUUCAAAGAAAAUGUUGCGGGCGAAAGUCUGGGUUUGGAUCCAGCACACUUAUGAUCACAUAAUAGAGUUGAUUUUCAUUAAUGUUAAUCUAGGGAGGAAGAAAUAGUUCAUUUUUUAUUGACUGUUUUCUUCAGCCUAGCGAAGCCUCGUUCCGAGAUGACGGCCGAAGAACUGGCAGCUAAAGAGCAAGAGGAGUUCAAUGUUGGCCCUCUAUCAAUCUUGACCAACUCGGUGAAAAACAAUGCUCAGGUGACUUCCGAUAGUUAAUUUCUCUUCAUGUUGUAUGAUUCAGGUUCUGAUCAACUGCCGAAACAACAAGAAGCUUUUGGGACGCGUGAAGGCGUUCGACAGGCAUUGCAAUAUGGUUUUGGAGAACGUCAAAGAAAUGUGGACAGAGCUGCCGAAAACUGGCAAAGGAAAGAAGAAGGUGAACUUUUUUCGUUUCUAUAUUAUAUGAAGUUUGUUUUUCUUUUGGUUUGACGUAUUAAAAUGGGUUUUAUUACUACUGAGGUUUUUUUGUUGUUGAUGAGCGCAAUUUUUUUUAAUUUUUCGUAUGUUAAAACGCCAAAAGCUUUUUUUUUUUCUCAACGCCAUUUUUCAAAGUUUAUAAAAAAGUUUUAAACAGCUCAUUCAGGGUGUCACGACAAAUUUCAGAUAUUGCGUAUAGCAUAUUUUUCAAAAAUUUUUUUUCCCUCUGAACACUUUCGGAAAGCAUCCUUACGAUGCGCGCAGCCUGUCACCGUAUGCGCCUUUUAUUUAGUCCGAAAUUUUUGUUCUAUAGAAGGCUCAUUGAAACAGGCCGCGGGCAUCAAAGAAAAGCUGCCCGGAAGGCGUUGUAGUUCACAAAAAAAAAAUAAAAAGCGUGACAAGAAGAAAAAAUAGAAAGUGUGAAGCCGGCGCGGAAUCAAACGUAGGAAGAACAAAAUAGGGUUUUUUUUCGAAAUAGAUUUUCGAACUAAAAAUUUUUUAAAAUCAUAGGAAACUCAAAUUGAUUUUUUUAAGGCCAAGCCGGUUGCGAAAAGAUCGCUUCAUUUCAAAGAUGUUCCUUCGUGGCGAUUCCGUCAUUCUUGUCCUGAAGAACCCUCUUGCCCUACCGGAGUGA